AUGUCGUAUAAAGAAUUACGUCAAACAAUCAAUGUAAUGGCAUUUUUACAAAGCAACGCUGUCAACGCAGGCCGGGGACAACCGUGCAGCACAUCGGACAUAAACGUUGAACAGAGCAAGACGGGAGUGACCGUGGAAGGGCAAGCGGAGUACGAAGUUACGGUGAGCAACACCUGCGACUGUCCGCAGUCGAACGUGAUGAUACUGUGCUACGGCCUCAGAAGCGUCGUAGCCGUCUCCCCUCGCGCCAUUAAGCCGGUGGACGCUAAGCUGUGCGUCGUCGCCGAGGGGCGCCCGUUGUCCGAGGGGACUCCCGUUAAGUUCAAGUACGCGUGGAAGACGCCGCAAGACUUUCCUGUGGUUAGCACAAAGAUCCGCUGCUAA